UCGAUUGUUGUUGGUGCCAGCAGGUUUUCUAGUCGUCAACGGCAAUAGACGGCGGCGUUCGACCCAGGAAAGGCGAAAGUGCGAGUAAGAAGAAGGCGAAGACGAAGAAGAAGAAGAAAAACCGUCGAAAGUCAGUUAGAAGACGAAGGAGAAUGUUUGUCUUUUGUCGAGGUCGGAACGAUCGCUUUGAGCGAUAGUCUUUGCGAAUAAACGCGAGGAGGAUGGCCGAUCGCGAAGAGGACGAUGACGAAGAGGGGGAAGAGCGGGAAGGGGUGGAAGAGGAGAAGGAGGAGAACAAGAUGGUGUUGAGGAGGAGGCACGAGAGGAUAAAGGAGAGGAAGGAGAAAAAGGAGCCGAAGGAGACCGACGAGUUUACUACCGACGAGAAUCUCAGGAUAUUCGAGACUCUUUGCAUCUCGUCUCCUCACAAGUUGGACACAGGAGAUGCGAUGACUCAUGACUUGACGACGACGUUGAGGAGCGAACUGGCAGCUCUCGAAUAUAAACGAGAUAGGUUGAUGUUCGAGCUGCAGGAGAUGAAGAACACCGUCAGAUCAAGAGACCAAAGGGUCGGAGAACUUCAGGUGGAAGCUGAUCAGUUGAGGGAACAAGCUGCCAGACAGAAUUCUAUCAUUUCCAGUCUUAAGAAACGCAUAAAGGAAUUGGAAGAGCGUGAGAAAAAUCUUUACGCGUCUCAAGGAAGAAACGAAAUUUCGAUACAAGGAUUACAACGAGACGUCAAGUAUCACGAAGAAAAGGUCAGAGAAUACGAGAAGAAAAUUCGACAAAUUGAGCAUAAUUUAUCCGAGGAGAUACAAUUAAAAGAAAGAGCGAGAUUAAAUCUUCAGGAAUUUGUACGGCGUCUGGCACACGCAUUAAACGUCGAGUACAGUGAAACGGUUCACCAUAGUCCGGAAGUGGUUAUCCACAAGGCGGAAGAAUUAGUGCAAGAAGUAAAUCGGUUGCGAAAUAGGAGUACUACAAUCGAGACGCAACUUAGCGGUAUCGAGAAUGAUUUUCGAAAUUGUAAAGACGCGCUAAAUCGUCUUACCACUGAAAAAGAACAACUUCAGAGGCAAAUGUCUACACAACUGGUUGAUUUGGAACGCUUACGGCAGGAAAAAGAAUGUUUAGAAAUGCAACAUAGAGUAGCCGAAAGAGAGAUGAAUGAUCUGAGAGAUAAAUUGGUGAAUGCGAACAGAAAUAUAACAAGUGCUACAGGAAACAUAUCUAAUCAGGAAGCAUUGAUCUGCCAAUUACGAGACGAUUUGAAGAAUCGCGAAGAAAAAGAGCAACGCCUGCAAACAGAACUGAGACACUUACUGGAAUCUUUAGCAAUUCUUUUGAGUACACCGAGUAGAUUUGUGGAAUCUCAUGAAAAUGCGAUAAAGGAUAGGAUUAGAGAGAUCCUUGACGAAAGCAAAGAUCAAGCACUGAAAAUUCAAAGUUUACGAGAGAAGGUGAACGCUGCCACGGAAUCUGCCAAUCGUCAAAGCGAAAUGCUUGAGACGAGUAUGAUGAAGAUGCGACAUUUAGAAGAGGAACGAUCUAGUCUCGAGGUGAAGAUACACAAACUGGAGACUGAGUUAACCAGCUGUGAACUUUCCAAAGAAUCUUUACGUAGAGACAAACAAACGUUUACGACGUUUUUCGAUCGAUUGGGGAAAGCCAUGCAGAUCGAAGAAAUUUCGGAAGACGUCGGAAUCGAAUUACAAACCGAAUCCUUACUUGUACGAGCCGAACAACUUGCCAGAUUAGAAACGGACAAAUUAGUCGAUAAGACGUCAGUGGUCUAUCAAUUGCAACGACGUGUGAGAACCCUUAGGGAACAACUGCAGAGGCGAGAUCUUCACUUGGAUCUUCUGCGAAGAAAAUUGUCUUUGCAAGAGGACAGUGUGAGAAUAAAAACAUUGUUACAAAGCGAGAGAGACGAAGCGAAUCUUCGCGCGAAAAAAUUAACAAAACAGGUGGAACGAACACAAUCACAACUGUCGGAAGAAAAAUUACGAAAUCGAGAACUGAGUGUUCAAUUAACCGAAGCGGCUGAUUACAAGAUAGCGGCAUUGGAAAGGAGUAGGAAAAUAGAGGAGCUCCAGAAACGUCUCGUAGAAAGCGAGAUGUUGAGAACGCGUUACAGUAGAAAGCUAUCUAUGUUGAAAGAGCAAAUGAGAACGACAUCUGAAACGGCUGAUCAAGAAAGAUCCAUCAACGAUCAUUCUCUACAACUUCUUAGAGAUGAAUUGGCGCAGGUGAAGCAAAAUCUCGCCGAAGUUACUAGAAGGGAAUCUCAGUUGCAGAGCUUCCGUGUCUCCGUAGCGAAAUUAUUGUCGGAGCCAAUCUGCACUCCGGAUUACGAGAUCAUUACGCGACUGCAGAAAAUGGUUGCAGCCCAUCGCGACUUCACCAUGCUCUCCCGUAGAUACGAUGAACCGUUGGAAGCGAGUCCCUCAAGGUGCACAAGCAUUCAUCCGAUCCAUUCGGUGCAUCCACCGAGAUCACCCGGUUCUCGGUGUACCCGUUAUGAAGACAGCGGAUUUGCAGAUCCACCAGAUUUGCACGAUAUCGAGGAGGAUUUUAACAAGAGACCAGUAAGGAGCAGCCUACUUCCGUGACAUCGGCCAAGAUUCAACGUUUGAACGGUUGUCUGCUUGAAUCAAUGGCGACAGCAUCUGAUCGUCGAUCUCCGUUUCUUAUUAGAUUUAUAUACGAAUGAAACGAUGCGUAAAGCGAACCGUUUACUUCGUUUAAACGGACGACUUCUACAGUCGUUUUCCUGGAACUUCAAAAAAGAGACUCUUCUUGUUUACGAAUACAACUUACAGGAUAUUAUCCUAUCAUGUUCAUUCAAAUGAUUCAUUUUUUCGUGAUAAGAAAUAAUUUUCCAAUGUGUAGGAGAUAGGGUAAGUUCUAACUCAAAGUUUCAAUCUAAAAAUAUAAAAUUCAACAUUUUAACUAAUAAAAAUAAUCGAACAUUCGUAUUGUAUAUUUGGACUCUGUCAUCAAUCUAGAAUAAUUAUUUAUUAUUCUUUAGAAAUAACUUUGUAAUGUAACUUUUUAUACGAUGUGAAUCAUUUCCAUUUGUAUAAAAAUUCUAAAGUAGCAUUUUUUAAUCAUACAACUUUCCUCACAAUUAUUAAUAUAAAAUAGAGUUAAAAAAUACACAAAUAUGUGUAACGAAAAAAAUGUGUCAUUCAAUAGGAAUAUUGUACACGUUUGAAUGCGUGUUCUUAUGACUUAUAUAGGUUGAAAAUUAAAUGAUCGUAGAUAAGUAUCGUUUUUCAGUUCAACAAACUCAGAAGUUCAAACAUUGACCGUGAUUGAAAUCGUUUAACGAUCUAUAACGAUCGUUUGAUAUUCGAUUAUUUUUUUUUCUUUUUUAAUAUUUUUUGUUGUUGCAAUGAUUGUUUUGCUAGUAUGUGUAAUCACCGAUCAACUUGUAUAAUUAAUUUGAAAUGUAACUUUUAUAAAAUUAUAUACCUUAAGCAUUGCUACGAUUCAGAUCUGUUCGAUUCCACAUUAAAGAUGAAAUAAAAGAAUAAAUUGUGAAACUGGUUUUCGAGCUACUUACACAUCGUAUCAUUCUCAACUGUUUUGCGAAUUUUCGAUUAAUAUAUCUUUUUAAUACCGGAUUAAAUGUAAUCACUCUCACUUCGAAGAACUUGUUCGCAAAAGAGGAACACGUUCAGAUUAUCGAAAAUUAACAAAAUCAUCGACAUCAUAAAUUUCAAAGAGUCAUUUAUAUUUCAACGUUACUUUGUAUUACAUAUCUGUAAAUAAAAGAAAAAAUUCGAACAAUGACAAUGAAAUAAAGAUAAUAAAAUUUUGUAUCAACUAUCUUACAUCUAUUUAUGCUCAAGGAAACAUUAUUCUUCAAAAAAAAAAGUUAUAAGUGUAAAUAAUAUAAAAACGAAUAGAAAGGUCUG